ACCGUCCGACUGUGCUCAAGGAUUAGGCAGCUGCACAGCCCCAGAGGAGGGGCUCAGCAUUCCAGCUCUGCACCUCUGUGUGUGUGCAUGUACAAGAGGACCGAGGGGCCCUCUGAGCUAAUUGGCAGAGAGGGUGACAAAGGUGGUCUGCUUCAAAAGAGAAGCCCUGGCGAGAUGGUCAAACAGACGAGGAGGAGGGGGAUUUGGGGAGGUGGAGAAAGGGGAGUGGAGGUUCCUUCUAAUUUUGAGCCAUGGUGACGGUGGUGGCUACUCAGUUAUUACUCUACUUAGCUACUCAGAGUCAGACGUGCUGUUUUGGUGGAUCAUUUUAAUAAGAGAAUGGUCUGAAGGUGUUUGAGGCAGCAGGAACUAAAUGCUGAGAGAAGAUGAGUGACGUGAAAGUGGAGGAGAGCAUCAUGUCGUACUUAUCACAAACUGAGACUGGCGCCGGCCCCAAAGACUUAAACGUGGUGGCCAUUCUUCAUAACUUCUGGGAGCAGAAGCAGCUGAAUGGUUCCUCCAGUGACUCGGAUGGUUUUGGUGGGAAGGGAGCUGGCCAGACAGAGAGCCUGCUGUUGUACGAAUCUGCACCUUCUCCUGGUCCUCCGUACGUCUGCUAUGUCACGCUUCCUGGAGGAAGCUGUUUUGGUAACUAUAAGGUGUGUGAAACUCAAGCAGAAGCUCGGAGGGACGCGGCUCGUGUGGCUCUGAUGAAUUCACUUGUGAAUGAGUUGCCAUGUCGACGCAUUGACCCUGAGUUCAUCGCUCAUAGUUUGCGUCAGGCGGCCAGAGACAGUGCUGUUUCUGUAGAAGAUGCAUGUGAUUCGGGUACCAGUAUAGGAACCUACAGUUUGCUGCUUCACUCCUACAUUGGAAGGAGCAUGCUGGAGUUCCAGGAGAUGAUGACAAUUUUUCAGUUGUUGCACUGGAACGGGACUCUGAAAGCUCUGAGGGAAAGACAGUGCUCUCGACAGAGUGUGAUUAGAUAUUACUCUCAGCGAGGACUUGAUGAGUACGUGCGCAGCAAUAUGGCUCUGGAUUGGCUCGCACGGGAGCAGAGAUCACCGGGUCUCAUCGGAGCUGAGUUGCAGGUGGCACAGAGGGAGCUAGUGUUGGCCCGGCGUCGAGGCGUAGAGCUGCGCUUCUACAAGGAAAAAACAGAGAUCCUUAGCUUGGCUCUCAGCCAAGCAUACAUUCACCACACACCUGAGGUCUUCAGCCAUUCGCUGAGUCGCAAAUACAAGCAAGAGCAUCUGCCUUUAGACACAUUUUACAGCCAGGAAACAGAAGCCCAGCGAGCCCCACCCUUAAGCCAUUUGCCACCGGUCCAUAAAAACACACAGCAAACAGUCUGUGAAGCCUCUGGACUCUCUGAUAGUCCUUCACCAUGCUCAGAGCAAACAUUUGAGCCUUUAGAUGACUUUGAAUAAACUGAAUCACAAAGUAGAGGAUGGGCAAAACAUAUUGCCAUUUAACUCUAUACCUCCUAAAGGCCCACUAGGAUUAACCAUGAAGCUAUUUUCUGAAGUGUUUUCUGUCAUAUUUUACAUAUGAGAAGUUAGUGAGGGUAUUCUUUGCCUAUGCAGCUAAAAAAUCUUCUACAUCUACAUUUGCUACACAGAAGGCAACUAGAAUGUUUUUUGUCAGCAUGACUGAGAGUUUAAAAAGAGGUUUUACAAAAUUGGGUCGAGGUGUUAUUAUGAUGCCCGACCAUUAUUAACAUACAAUUUAGUUUGUGACUAUAAAAGUAUGGCUCACUGUAAUGUAUAAGCAGCUUUAACAACAAUAAAUGUAGCAUUCAAGUGAUUUAGAUUAAAUAGUAGAAAACUUAAUUACAUUUUUAACGUGGACCUCAAUUUUUUGUUUGUUUUUGGGGGGUUUUAUGAAGAGCACUCUGUCACUGUCCUACAUUUUAUUUAUGCACAUUCUUGUAGCAAUGUAGCAUGCACAGUCACAAAAGAGCAUUUUCAUAGCACUCUAUGCAGUCCUACCUAAAGCACCUCUAGUAGCAGUAACUUGACUUUAUCAGUCUUUUUUUUUACAACUUUGCUUUGGUUCAUUUAAGUUUGUUAACAUUUGUUAUCUACAGCUCUCUUGAAGUCCACCUGCAGUAUUUCAAUCAGGUUUAGGUCUGGACUUUGACUUGGCCACUAAACACAUUGAUUCUUUCCUUUUUCAGCUAUUCUGUUGUAGAUUUGCUGUUGUGCUUGGAAUCAUUGUCCUGGCACGUGACACAAUUUGAUCAAAGUUUUAGAGUUCAUUGUGGACUCAGGGACUGCAAGGUGCCUAGGUCCUGUGACUGCAAAACAAGCUUAAACUAUCACCCUUCCACCACUGUGGUGACAGUUGUGUUUGUGCUGAUAUGCUGCGUUUGGGAUUUGCCAAAUGUAGUGCUGCGCAUUAUGAACAAAUAGCUCCACCUUGGACUCAUCUCUCAAGAAGAUUUGUCCUUUGUUCUGAUGCAACUUGUGCUGUCAUGUUCUUUUUAGACAGAAUAGGCUUUCCCCUGGCAAACUUUCCAAACAACUUAUACUCUUUCUGUCUUUCUUUAAUUGUAACACUGAACAUACUGAGGCCAGUGGAGUCUUUCUGUUUGUCAGUUAAUCAAAUGCAUUUGAUUAACAGCACCUGGCUGCUGCUCACCCUUUUAGUUCCUAUGGAAGCAGUCAAGCUGUCCUUAGUUUUCCACGGGAAAUCAUAGAAGGCUUAGACACUAUUUUUCACAUGACUGUAUGUACGUAAACUUGUUCUCCCUGCUUCACUCCUCCCUGCAUGUCUAGGCUGCCAUGUAAUGUGUCAGUUUUUUUAAGAACAGUGAAAUAUCCUGACCUAUUACAUGUUAUUUGAUUGUUUUACAUUGAUAAAGGACACAUAGCAAAUGCAUAGUUCAGGGGAAACGUUAAUUUCGUCAUUUUAAAAGUACAUUUCAAAAUGAAUGUUUUUUUCUGCCCUCAUAACCUGUGACUUUUUUUGUUUGUUUGUUUGUUUUUGUUUUUUUAAUAUCCUAUGUGUCAUUUCAGACUGUGAUAAUUUGAUUAUGUCAUAAUGCAUUAGUCAAAUUUUAGAUUUUAAGUAUGUUGAUGGAGGAAAUUAUGCAGUGAUUCCACUAACUUGCAGAUAAAGACAUUCAUGACUUUGUAGUGAGUGAAAAUAAUUAUCCAAGGCAGGAGUGUCACACGUACAGCCAGCGGACCACAUCCGGCCUGCCAGAGAAUUUCAUAUGUCAAUUAUCAAUGGCCCGUCAGUAUGUAGAAGCAGGCAGGGGUGAGACUUUACAUUGAUAGGCACACCAUGCAAAGACAGACUGUCAUCAUACCAUUAUGUGAAACAAGGAAUAGGGACUGAUGUUCAGUCGGCCAGGUACACAAGGCGACCGAAGUUGGAUUUAAAUGCAAGGGUGUCGGAAAAAGGUGAAAAAACGAGCGAAGACCAGUGGUGUGCGAUACUGUAAAUUUAGGUAUUGAAGAUACCAAAUAAAUAGAGGGCCAGUAUUGCCAAUACCAAUACUGAUACCGACACUUUUAACUUAUAAUGGCAGUUUAUGUAGGGAAGAGUGCUGUGUAAUGAUUUAUGAGAUAAAUCAUGAUGAAUUUGCAAAUUCUGAUUUUAACUACAACUAAAUCACUGUGAACAAUUAGUUAACACAACAAAACACACCCCUCAGCUUUUCAUAUAUUUUGAAACUGGGUUUAUUGAGACUUGGAAUGUAAAUGUUUAUGAUUUAUGAUUAGGCUGAUGAUCAAUAAUGGGUCAAUGACCCUCCUAGGGACACUCCCAAUAAGGCUUAAAAAUCUGGGACUCUUCACCAACUGCUCUUAGGAUUAAAGAAUCUUCUUGGACGAGAGAUGAAAUAUCUUCAAGAAACUUAAAGAAGUCCAGUCGCUUUUCUUUCCAAGUUCCUUAGAUUGC